AUGAAGAUCCCUCUUCUGCAGCAGAUGUAUAAGGACGUACUGGGAGGCAUUCCACUAGCAAAGGAAAGCCAUCAUUACACCUCGCUACUUAAUCUGUGUAUUGAGCAGUCACCAGAAAGAGAUGAAUCUUGUCACCAGGUGCACCUGCCAUCUGCUGGUGGUGGUGGUAGGAGCCAUGAGGACACUGAUACGUCAGGUGUGGUUGUCCCUACAACAGCUGAUACAUCAAGUAGCUUUGCAAACAUGAAGUCCUCCUUCUCCCCACGAGAAGUGACGCUGCUUCAGUUAACCUUGAUCAGGAUGAUGGUGGCUAAAGCUGAGUCCCAGCAAAUUGAAUCUGAUACGAGGCAGAAGUACUGUGAAAUCUUUGUCCUCCUUCUGAAGGAGGCAAAACUUGACUCAAAGUUGAUUUGUCUGCUCAGUAGUUCUGAUCAGCUGUUAUCUCACAUGGCUUCAAAAAGUUUAGCAUCUCUUGUGUAUUUCCAGCUGAAGGAAGAGAACGCGUUAAAUGUCACCUGGCUCGCCUUUAGCUUGAAGACUCUUUCAGGAUUCCCUGUGAACACCCGGGUAGCAGGAUGUCUGUGGACUCUUACCACCAUUAUCAAGGACAUACUGAAAGAUGAAGUUUUACCCAAAGCAGGUAUUUUGAAGAAGCUAUUGGCUCCUCUGGAUGCUGUGCUUGAAGGAUUUUUUAAUUCCAUGCUGUUCCAUCAUUUUGACAGUCACCACUAUACUUCACCUUAUUCUGAAGCUGCAAACAAUUUGAUCAGUUUUAUAGAUCUGCACGAAGCACUUUUGACUUCCAGAACUGAAUUUGAACUACCGCUUGCAUGUCAGAGAGUGUUAUUUUUGAAAGUUUCUUAUAUUCUGAACCUCAUUAGCUCAUCAAUUCACUAUAUAAUCAAGAAGAAGUUCAUUAUGCUCCUGAAAAAAUGUGUCCUUUACAAAUCUAGAGAAGAUGCUAGAGGUGGAUCCCUGUUCUUGCAAAACCCAGCUUUGUAUGAGGAUGCACUUGUGCUGAGUAACGCUGUUCUGCAGGUCGUGAAUUUGACUUGGCUUAAUCAGAUCCCGCUUGGUGAGAAUGCCGGCCACUUUGGAGGCAGUGAAGUUGCUGCUGGAGAUGAUGUUCAAAGUGGUUCAGACCAAACUGUUGUCAGAGCCUUAAGUCUCAUUGUGCUUAAAGCACUGGAAUUCAAGUUUCAGAACUCUGCUGCAGAGGCUGAAAUCAAAGGAGACUUUCAGAGUACCAUGUCCCAGCUGUUGAUAUUCUGGAGGAGUCAUCUGAAGUCUUCCCCACAGUCUUCCCCGGUUGUACAUCACUGCGAGUGGCUCUCGUUAGUUUUCAUAGAGCAAGACGAUGAUAUGUGGGAAGCUGCUAAAGCUUUAUUACUCAUUUAUUUAAAAUUUGAUAGGUUACAGUGUGAUGCUGCUGACAGCUUAAGCCAAAAAGAGGAGGAAAUGUGCAACUCCCUUACACACGCAAGUGGAUAUAAUCCUCAUUGUAUCUUUUUAUUUUUUCUAGAAAAAAUUGCAUUUGAUUCCACAGUACUUCUAGAUUUUUUGAUUUCCUCAGAAACUUGCUUUUUGGAGUACUUGGUAAGGUACCUGAAGCUUCUUAGCAAAGACUGGCAUCAGUUUGUAGAUGUCUGUAACCGUUUUGAUACCAGACAUGGCAUUUUUCCAUCCGUUUCUUCUGUCAAGCCACCCCAUCAAGAAAAACAAAGCGAUAUGACUGAUGAGAGUUUGCAAAAUGCCUGUUGUGAACCAGAACUGCAGACUCCAAUAUCUUUGGCUUCUUCUCACAGUUACGUAGUGUUUACAACAGAGCAAGGUGACAAUGAAGUUGCAGAGUCAAACCAGUCUAACUCAUUGAUAUGCACUGAUAGUGCAGCUCUGCUGGGUUCUCUUCAAAGCCUUGUUAAUUAUGACAGCUCAGAAGACUCUGAAUUAGAAUCAGAUGGAAAAGAGUGCUUGACAGACACAAAACAGGUGCCUCUAAAUAAUAGUGAGACAAGGAUAAGGGAAACUGGUUGCAGCUACGCAGGUGAGAAGUGUAAUACACUUAAAUCUGAAGUGUCGCCUCUGAAACAAAAGGGAUCUAAUACCUCAUCCGGUUUGACUUGUGUGAGGUCUUCAGAUAACAUCGUUCCCCUGAGAAUAAUGCUUUACAAAUCAACAAAAUGUUUGGAAGAACUGCAAAAAGCUAUCUCUAGGUUGCAGAGAAGAAAUCUUUUCCCAUAUAAUCCGUCUGCAUUGUUGAAACUACUGACUCACGUUGAGAAGAUCAGUAAGAACAUGAAUCCACAAUAA